AUGCAGUUGACAGCCGCCGCCACCUCUCUCUCUCACCUCCCCUGCAACGCUGCCCGCCCUGCUGCUCGCACGUGCGUGCAGCCGCACCCGCACGCGCCCCUGUGCAGUCGCCACCGCCCGGGCGCCGUCCCAGCUCCUUCCCGGUGCACGCCGCCGCCACCUUUCUUCCCCCUGCACACCGCCUCCCUGCUCUCCCUGCUCGCGCUGCCGCCAAGCCUCGCCGUCAGCCACCGCCCCUGGGCUCGGGGCGGAGCUCCCCGCGCCGCCAGGGCCGAGCGCCACCGGUGGCCACACCUCCUGUCCAGUGCGGGCCCGCACCGGUGGCCGUCGCGCCAUGGCCGCCGGGCCUUGGCCUCCGCGCCGCUGGGCCUUGACCCAAGCCACGCCGUCGCCCCCUCGUCGCCGCCGCUCUGCGUUCCCCUCACCGCCGCCCUCUGGCCGCCGUGCCCCUCCUGUCGAGGCUGUCGUCGCCCUGCGCAGAGGAACAGAGAAGAAGAAGAAGGGAGGGAGGAAGGAAGGAAGGGAAGAAGAGGAGCAGGCCGCGCCCCCGCGCGUCCCUGCGCGCCGGCGACCGCCCUCAACACCUGUGCAGCGCCCAAGAGAAGAGGAAAGAGCCUAGGGAAGAAAAGAGGAGAAGAGGAGUGCCGCCGCCGCCUGGACGUCGCCAAGCCGAGGAGGGAGGAGGAGGACCGGCGCCGCCGCGGCGCCCGGAGCCCGACGAGGAGGGAGAGAAUGCCAGGCCGAGGAGACGUUGCCACCGUACCUCGACACCGCGCCCGCACCCGUACGCCGACGUCGACGCAGUGGCUCGGCUCGGCACGGCCUCAACCCUCCGGCCUCGCCUCGCCAUGGCCCCGACCUUGCCCUCUUCGAGCCCGAACGGUCCUGAUGAGAAGGAGUUGAUCGAUGUUUCGAGAAACCAGCGGAUCCAGAAGGACUACCCCGACACCCGGAGGACCUAGAAGGACGUACCGGACGACCAGAAGACGUCAGAGACCAAGGAAGGCCACGAAGACCUAUCAGGUUCACGCCUGUCCGCGAUUGAAUACCUAUUAGGCAUUGCUUGCUAGAUACGCUACGCUCCCAAAUUGAGUAUGAUGAGAUAAGCCUGCAUGGCCAUUUAGUAUUCCUUGUUUCCCAUACUUAUCUUUGAUUUGUUAGAUGCUAUGGCUACUAUGUGUGAGAUUUGGGGUAUGGGAAUAUAUGAGGUGAUAGUCCUUGCUUGCUGGAAGUUGCCUCCACAUAUAUGGGAGUUGGUGAUUAGGUUACAGCGGGGGCGAGCGGACUCUUUCCCUGAUCUUCGGAUCGGGAGCCGGGGAUUGUGCGUUGGGCAUGAUCCUGAGCAGCACCUAUAAUUGGGUGAAGGGCACUUGUGGCGGGUGCUAGGCCGUUCCCGUGGGAACAUAGUAGAUGUGUAGUAAUGGAGGCGAUGCCUGUGAUGGGUAUCGAUUGCAGACCGUGUUGACGGAAUGCUAACUUGGAUGAAGACGCUCGCCUCGGCCGGAUGAAGGACUUGACUUUGUGGCCCUUGUGACGAAACUAUGUCAAACGUGCACACCACUUAUCCUUUAUGAGGGGGGACCCAGCCCGAGCUAGCUAUGCGCGGCAUCAUACCUGUAGGAGGAUAGAGUUUCCGUGUUAGGGGGAAUAUGCGAGACCCUGAGCCCCCGAUCGCAGGAUCCAUGAGGAUUCCAUUCUAGAUUGCUUCACAACCCCGGGCGACCUUCUGUGGGAGGACGC